AUGACUAUUGAAUAUAUGACCCUCAACUCUGGCAAUAAGAUGCCUCUUAUUGGUUUUGGCUGUUGGAAGGUGGAUCCUAAAGAUGCUCCUGAAACCAUCUACAAUGCAAUCAAGGUUGGAUAUCGAUUGAUUGACAGUGCAAGCAAUUAUAAAAAUGAAGAAAGCAUUGGAAAAGGUAUUCGUAUGGCGAUUGAUGAAGGUAUUGUCAAGCGUGAAGAUUUAUUUGUUACUACCAAGUUAUGGUCCACUUAUCACAAGAAGGAACACGUCCGAUUGGCCUGUGAAAAGCAAUUAGAACAAUUAGGUCUUGAUUAUGUUGAUAUGUUUUUGGUUCACUUCCCUCUACCUUUGAAGUAUGUACCCAUCGAAGAAAAGUAUCCUCCUGGAUGGUAUCAACCUGGUGAAGAAACAAUCACAUUAGAUCGUGCUCCUAUGCAUGAAUGCUGGGCGGAGAUGGAAAAGCUCAAGGAAGCUGGUUUGGUGAAAGAUAUUGGUGUUUCCAACUUUAAUGUUCAAUUGUUAAUGGAUAUGCUGACUUAUGCCAAGAUCAAGCCUGCUUUAUUACAAGUCGAACUUCAUCCUUAUUUGCAACAACAGCAUCUGGUUGAUUGGGUUCAAGCACAAGGUAUUGCCAUCACUGCCUAUUCUUCCUUUGGUCCUACUUCCUUUGUAUCUACUGGUUCCAAACGUGCAAAGGCUGUUGAACCUUUGUUUGAAAAUCCUACCAUCAAGGAUGUGGCUGCCAAAUAUCAACGUCAACCUUCUGAAGUAGCUCUCCGUUGGUCUCUUGAACGUAACAUUGCCGUCGUCCCUAAAAGUUUGAACCCUAGCCGUAUGAAGAUGAACUUGGAAGCUCUCAACUGGCAAAUGGAUGAAGAAGAUGUACAAGCUAUCAAUCAAUUAGAUAUGGGCCUUCGAUUUAAUGAUCCUGCUAUCAACGCACAAAAGCUACCUAUCUUCUAUUAG